GAAGAAUCCGAAAAAAUAAGAGAUUAACGAAGGAGAUAAUCGAAUAAGAAUGAUAAUUAUUCGUCGAAAUUAACGAUAAUAUCAUAGCAUCUAUUCGAAGGCCGAUGAAACAACAUUGAGGUUAAUUCGCUUGUCGAAAGGCAAAAUUAAACAAAAAAAAAAAAAAAAAAAAAGAAGAAAAAAGAAAAAGAAAAAGAAAAAGAGAAAAACGAAGAAGUAGAAGAAGAAACAGAAAGGAAGGAUUAACAUUUCAAUCGUGAAAUUCGAGUGACUAAAUAUAAUAAUAAUAAUAAUAAUAAUAUAAUCAGAAAAUUCGAAUGUUUAUUAAUCGCGCGAGAUAUGCCGUGUCGAUAAUAAAUUUAUAUCGUAAUAAAGGACAACAACAACAACAAUAACAACAAUAACAACAACAACAACAACAACAACAACAACAAUAACAAUAAUCAUUCGAGAGAUACCACCCGGUAUGGUGUUUCGUUGAAAGUAUAUCAUCGCCGUUAUAUAUCGUGUGAGAAAGAGAAGGAAGAAAAGAAGAAGAAAUAGAUAUAAGAGAAAAUAAUAAUAAGAAUAUUGACGAACAAUCAAACAAAUACGAAUUAAUUCAAUUGUAAACGAUCAAUGAAUGAACGUUAUAAAUGAUUUAUUUAAAAGAUCAUCGAGACGUUUGUAAAAAAAUUUGAACAAAGAAAAAAAGAAUAAGAAGGUUAAGAAUAAUAGAAGUUCUCUUUCUCUCUCUACCUUUACCGACCGAGAUCAACUAUCUUAGUUAUCAAUAAAGCGAUGUAAGAGGAAUAGAAAGAGAAAGACAGAGAGAGGAAAAGAGAGAGAGAGUGAGAAAGAAAAAAAAGAGAUAGAGAAAGAGAGGGAGAAAGACAGAGAAAGAGAGAAGGAAAGAGAGAGAAAGGAAGAAAGAAAGAAAGAAAGAAAGAAAGAGAGAGAGUGAGAGACUAUAAAAGAAAAAUGUCAGCUCUACGUCUAGAUAUCGAAUGUUUCGUGGUUAUCAUCGUGCGGUUUACGCAUCGUGCCGCGAUCGUUGCGUGAUCUCUUGCGUGUUUUCGGAACGCGCGGUCGUGCGCACGCGAGAGUACUCCCGUUUCCUUAGCUUCCCUCAAAAACCGGCGUGUGCGUGUGCGUGUGCGUGAGAGUGCGCGUGUGAUGGAGGACACACAAGGGAAAAUCUUUCUCAACCGAACGGACUCAACCGUCCUUGUGUUAAUAGCGACAAUGAUCUUCGGUGGAGUCGUCAUAAUCUUUGGUUACAUUGUCACCCGGUAUUCAAGAUCCCAUGGCGACGUGGACUCGACAAAAGGUGCUACAGUUCCGGAGAAAGGGAAGCGCAUUGAUUCGAGAAACUCAUUAACAGGAUCAACGACUAAUUCGAGCGUUAAUAAGCGGACGAAAAAUAAAAAGCGCCGAGAAACACAACAAGAAUUCACUCAUUCUUGGGUCGUUGGUACAUUAAAGGGUCACACCAGUACGAUAUUUAACAUGAGUUUUUCAAGUAAUGGGAAGCUUCUCGCAUCUUGUGGUGAAGAUGGAAUGCAGCCAAACAAGGUGGCCCAGGAAGCAACCGGAGAGGCAUCGAAGUCAUUCUAUCGACGGAAUCCAACAUUGGUUAGAUGUUCCCCUCCUGUUACAGUAAAAGAUGAUUGGAAUGGUCUAAAUCUUCAAUCUUCGUCUGUUGAUCUAAGUAAUCAUCGGCGUCAUCAUCAUCAUCAUCAUCAUCAUCAUCAUCAUCAUCAUCAACACAGUGCUUCGAUAAACGCACAAUCCGAAUAUAUGGAACAAAAUAAUCAACAACGGCCGAUUAUUAAUCAAACAAUAGAUGUACAUUAUCAAAAUUCCAAAUUGAGUCCGCAGCAACAAAUUUUUUAUAUCCAACAAAUGCAAAUACAUGCUCAAAUGUAUCAUCAUUCCAUAAUGUUGCGGCAAAGAAGAUUGCACGCAUUAUGCCAUACAGGAGUAAAUUACCCGUGGGAUUUACCACAAUAUAAGUUUCAUGUUCUUGCCCAACAACAACGGCAAGAUCAACAACGUCUUCAUCAGCGGCAAAUGCAUUUGCACUCCCAAAUGCAAAUGGAAAUGCAGCAACGAUAUGUUCAGGAACAAAUGCAAAUACGGGAGGAACUGAAUAAAAGGAGGGAUGUAAUCCAAAAGAUGAAUGCACCGUUGAACAACUCAUAUGUGUCGUUCAAUAAUUCCAAUACCUCUUUGAACACUUCUAAUCAAUCAUUGAAUAACACGAAUGGUGCUUCUUCAAUGAAAAUCGAAAAUAUGAAUUUAUUUUAUUCCAAUCCAAAUUUUUUCAUCAAUCACAAUCACAAUCACAUACCUAAUAAUUCGGGAUUCACCUAUCGUUAUAUAUUCAGUAUCAAUGACGUUAAUCUUGAAUAUCUAUUACGUACUUAUACUCACCACACGUAUUAUUUGAUAGAGGCCGGUUAUCCGUUCAGCUGGAACUUUGAUUUUAGAAUCAAAAGAUACAUAUAUAAUUUGCACCAAUCGAAAAACAAAAAUCGUCCAUUGGACGUUAACGCUAAGGAAUUUGUACCUAACGGUACUUACAAAAAACUCGAAAAUGGCGACAGCGGUAACAAUAGUAGUAAUAGUUCGGACAUGGAACAAGAAAAUCAAUUGGACGACGAAGAACCAAAGAAUUUUAUACGAUCAGCAUCGUUCUCAACGAACCGUAAACCAGGAAUCCUUGCUAACAUUGAAAAUAUUAAACGGCAACGUAGGAAUUCUAUUUCAAAUUUGAAUGAAUGUUCUUCGAUCGAGACAAGAUGUUCAAGGUGUUUAAAAAGCUUUUAUAUGUAUCAAGCGAACGCAGAUAACGCUAUGUGCCAAAAUGAUUGUAUCUAUCAUAAUGGUGAACUCAGUUUUCAAAGGGAUACAAAAUAUAAAAUUUGGACUUGUUGCAAACAGAGAACAAGUUCUCUUGGCUGUACGAGCAAUGAGACGCACGAGUGGAUUGGUUUAAAGAAGAAUUACAAUGGUCCGUAUGUCGAUUUCGUUCGUACGAUACCAACAAAGAAAAUCCCGGCAAAUGGCAUUUAUGGGGUCUACGGUAUGGAUUGUGAGAUGGUUAUUACCACGUCUGGUUUCGAACUUGCUAAAAUCACUAUGGUUGAUGUAUGUGGUGUUGUUAUUUAUGAUCAUUUCGUUAAACCAACGAGCAAAAUUGUCGAUUAUAAUACCAAUUACAGCGGUAUUACGGAAGAAAAUUUGGCAGGUGUUACGAAAACUAUUAAAGACGUACAACAGGAUCUAUUGAGUUUUGUCAAUGCCGAGACAGUACUUAUAGGUCAUGGUCUUGAAAAUGAUUUACGUGCACUCCAUAUGCUUCACUUCACGGUGAUCGAUACCGCAUUAUUGUUGCGGCACGCCUGUGACUUGCCAUACAGGCAUAGUCUUAAAAAAUUAACGAAAUUGUUAUUAUCCAAGGAUAUACAAGAAUCCAGCCACAAUUCCAUUGAGGAUGCUAGAUGCGCCAUUGAUCUCGUAUUAUGGAAAUUAAAAUUUGAUGGCUUAUAAUUUGUGGGGAGUAAAGAAAGGGAUAAAAAAAGGAACAAACAAAAGAGAAAAAGAAAGAAAGAAAGAAAGGAAGGAAGGAAGGAAGAAAGGAAGGAAGAAAAAGAAGAGGAGGAGGAGGAAGAAGAAGAAGAAGAGGAUCUCAACGUUUUGUCGGAAAAAAAGAGAGAAAAGAAGAAUAAAUAAAAUAAAAAAAAAAUAAAUAAAUAAAUAAAUACAAAGAGACGUGAUCGACGAGUGCGAGAGAUCAGAGACAAAGAUAUGUACAUAUUUGUUUUAAUUGUUUGAUAACGGGGAUAUUUUUUUUUUUUUUUUUUCUUUUAAUUAUAUUUGAAUCCUCAAUUUCAUUUUCUUUUUUAUGUAUAUAGAUAUCAGUAAGAAACAUUAUUCUCGAGGUCGAUUCUGUCUACCUCAUUAUUUUUGUUGUUGUUGUCUCUGCAUCUCUGUCUCUUCUUCAAACAAACAUAUCUUAUUUUAAUGGAUCUCUCUUUUUCUCUCUUUUUUUCUUCUGUUUUUUUUUUUUCGUUUUUUUUUUUUUUUUUUUUUUCUCAAUUCCGCUUUAUUUUUAAUAUCAAACACGUCGACGUCACAUAUAAAAAAUAUCUCCUAUCCGACAAUGUGUUGUUAAACUUCCAUAAAAAGAAAUCUGUGAUACUUUUAAUCUUUAACAUAGAUAUUAUAAGAUGCACUCACAUUGAGAAAAUAAUACGUAAUUUUAUAUAUCGCAUUAUGGUGGCGUAAAUGUAGUUAUUAAGAAUCUGACGAUUUUCUUUCUUUUUUUUUUUUUUUUUUUUUUUUUUUUUUUUAUU